AUGGUGAUGAAAAGAUAUUCAAAAAUAUUAGCAAGUCUAUCCGAGUUGGCUGAAUCAUCAUUGAGUGACAGUGAAACAGUUACUGUUGCACUUGGACUUCGUAAAAGAAUGAAAAACAUCCGUGUGAUAAUUAGCAUGAAAAUUUUAAAAUUGGUUUAUAAUAUUAUUGGUCCUGUAUCCAAAGCAGUGCAGGGUAUAUUAAUUGACAUGGCGUCUGCAACAGAACUGAUAAAAGACUGCAUUCAUCAGUUUGACAUCAUAAGAAGAAAUGCUGAUUUGACGUGGAAAACAAUAUGCAGUGAAUCGAAAUCAUUCGCAACAGCACAUGGCAUCAGCCCAGAUUUUGAUUUUGAAAGACGUCGUACGAAAAAAAAAAUGUUUGAUGAACGUUGCAGCGACGAAUGUUCAGUUGGAAUAAAUAAAAUGAAAAAUGAAUGCUUUUUAAUUGUUUUAGAUGAGGUGAAUCAACAAAUGAAAAAUAGAUUUGAGCAGCAAAAUUUGGUUUUUUUAAAAGAACUUUCGCUAUUUACUCCCAAAACACUUUUAAGUAACCGUUGUGUUAAGACUAGUGAAAUAGAAACUGUUUGUAGCCAGUAUAGUGUCAACGCAGAGGAUGUUGCAAAUGAACUGAACGAAUUUAAAAAAGCAUACACGUUGCUAAAAAAUGACGAAAAGAUGGAAAACCUGUCUGCAGGUUCAGGUUAUGACUCUGGCAUGGAAAUAUUUUCUGAUAAAUCAGAUGAAGAAGAUGACAAUAACAAUAUGGCAUAUAAAGAAGCCCAAACAAAUGAUACUAAUAAUUGGAAAAAUUGCAGUUUUAUAAAACCACUUAAUGUUCUUCCUCAACUAUCGCAAUUUGCUGAUGCUAUACAAAAUAUUUGCUUCUCUUGCUUUAUCAAGUACCUCUGCAGAAAGAGCUUUAAGCUGAAAAUUAUAAAGAACCGCCUAAGGGCGUGGAACGCCUCUAAGACCCAGGAAAUUAGCAUUGCAUAG